AAUAUUUUUAUAAAGUGUCAAAAUCUCAUCUAAGUCACACACUUCUACACACCUCCGGUGACACCUACAAUGGUUGCUAACCAAAAUAAGGUGGUGGUCGUAAUGAUUCCACUACCGCUACAAGGCCAUCUCAACCAGCUCCUCCACCUCUCCCGACUUAUCUCCGCUCACAACGUCCCCGUCCACUUUGUUUGCACGACGGCCCACGGCCGCCAAGUAAGACUACGCCUCCAAGGGUGGAACCCUAAUACCAUAUCCACUAUAUUUUUCCAUGAUCUCCCUAUUCCACCCUUUGCAUGUCCACCUCCCAACCCCAACUCCACUAACAAGUUCCCCUCUCAUCUACAACCAUUAUGUGAAGCGGCAACUCAUCUCCGUGAUCAUGUCGCCUCCCUCCUCCAAAAACUCUCCCCUACCACUAACCGCCUCGUGGUCAUCCAUGAUUCCCUCAUGAGCACAGUUGUUCAAGACUUUGUUUGUCUCCCAAACGCGGAAUCUUACACUUUUCAUAGCGUAUCGGCUUUCUCCACGGCUUUAUACACAUCCGAGAAGGUUGGAGAACAAAUCCGAAAGUUAAUUGAAUCACAGGGCACUACAGAAUAUGAUCUCUCGUUCGAUGGCUGCUUCACUCCGGAUUUCAAGAAAUUUAUUGGUGUCCAACAUGAGUACGCGAAACUGAGCUCAGGUCGCAUAUACAAUACAUGCAGAGUCAUCGAGCAGCCGAUCUUGGACCUACUUGAAAUCGAGGCAAGAAGUAGAAACAAGACAUUAUGGGCUCUUGGACCCUUCAAUCCUUUGGAACUAAAAAGUGAGUCAAAAGUCUUGAGAAAAGAUGAUGGUCCAGUCGAGAAAUGCCUCAAUUGGCUUGACAAACAAGCAUCGAACAGUGUGAUAUUUGUAUCUUUCGGGACUACCACUUCGUUCUCACAAGAACAAAUCAUCGAGAUUGCAACCGGGUUGGAAAUGAGCGAUCAAAAGUUUGUGUGGGUGGUGAGAGAAGCGGACAAAGGCGAUGUUUUUAGCGACGACAUUAUUCGUGUCAAACUCCCUGAAGGGUUUGAAGAUCGAGUCAAAGAUCGAGGCUUGGUGGUUCGAGAAUGGGCACCCCAGUUAGAUAUUCUAGCGCACCCAUCCAUCGGUGGGUUCAUGAUUCACUGUGGAUGGAACUCGUGUAUUGAAAGCAUGUCAAUGGGUGUUCCAAUAGUUGCAUGGCCCAUGCACUCCGACCAACCAAACAAUGCGGUUUUGGUAACUAAUAUUCUUAAAAUAGGGUUUCUGGUGAAAGAUUGGUGCCGGAGAGAGGAGGUUGUGGCGUCCGCAGCGGUGGAGAAGGCAGUGAGGAAAUUGAUGGGUACAAAUGAAGGGGAAGAAAUGCGGAAGAGAGCCGUGGCAUUAGGCCGAGAAGUUAGAAAGUAUGUUAUAGACGGCGGUAUUACUCAAACGGAGCUGGGAUCGUUCAUUGCUCACAUAACUCGAUAAAAUAAGGAGUGGCUAAAGCACCCUAAACCGACAAUAAUGAUCGGGUGAUGAAGACUAAAUUAAAUAUCAGCUAGCCGUUAUUUUCUGUCUUUUUCUUUUUGUGGCUGGGGAGGUGACAAAUAAUGUAGGGUCUGGUCGCCAGCACAUCGUUUGAGUUUCGACUCAACUGAAUUCUUUAUUUGGUGUGUGCUGUCGACAUUCAAACAGAUUUAAUGGUUGAUGUCUUUAGUUCAUUGCAAAAGGUUGUCUUUUCAUUCCAAUAAUGAUAACAAUAUAUUUGGUUUGAUAUUUUAUCCUA